AGGUAAUCCGUAUCAGAACUUUUCUUAUGUAAAUCCAAGAACCCAAAUGCUUGAAGGUUUUCUACCAGAUAUUACUCAGAAAGCAUGUGACUUUUGUGGAGCAACAUGUGGCAUGAGGAAUAUUGGAAUGAGACCCGAUCGAUGCUUCGACGAGAUGGAACUCACUGGUUCAGGUUUGGACAACAAAGAAUUUGCAGCCUGUGUAGGAUAUGGGUCCACCCCAAAGCGAGCCAAUGUCUACAACUUCUCUGCUGCACUUACGAUUGCACCAAUGAAACAGCUUUGGAUCAGGAAAACUACCACGAAUAUCACUUCUGAAGCUGAUGUCAAUGGAAAGAAGAUCGCUAUACCUGGACCAUUAACACAAUAUGGACAGUAUGACGCAGCUUGUCUACAGCGCGUCUGGCCUGA